GAAACAGUUAGUCUGUGGAGAAACGCCUCUUCGUGUGGUUCGGAUUUGGUUACGCCGUUCCAGUAAGAAGGACGACAGAAGCCCUAGUUGUUCGCAGUGUGACCAGUCGAAGUUCGCGCGCGCCUUAUUCUUGGUGUUGAUUCAGUGUCUUGUUUUUCUUACCCCACUCUUCUGGUUUUUGGGGUUGGUCGGGUCGAGGCUAAGCAAAAGUGUUAGGGUUAAAAAGUUUUUGAAGUCACCCCAUUUGACGGUACAAGCACCAACGAACAAGCAUUCCAGCGAGAAAAUUGAAGCAGCGCAGCGGAAGAAAUAAAAAAAGUUAGCUAACCCCCGAAAAAAAUACAGACACGAGGAAAAAUAAAAUAAAGUGAGUGUGUUUCGGUGGGAAAGAAGCGCGCUUAACCGAAAGUGGGAAAUAACAAUAAUAAUAGCACGAAAAAACGGCGGCUCCGUGACCCGUAAGCGUUCUUGUGUGUGAGUGUGGGAAGCAGAUUAUCCCUUUGUGCGGCCUCUACCGAAAGGGAGAAGGAGAAUCCGGGCGUGGUUUUCCAGAGAGAGUGAAUGAGGUGCCAGCGGCAGCACCUUUUGUGAACUUAACAGCGCCACAGCAGUGCGUGGGUGCCGUGCUAUUCCAGCUCUACCCGUAGUGCAACGUUUUCCCGACUACGGGAGGGUGGAAGAAACACCGUCAAGUGGGCAGCAGAUAUAACAGCAAGCAACCGCAAAGUGUACCGUUUUCGUAUGCAUACGCCAGGGAACGGCACCACAACAGCCAUCAUCGUAUGAUAAAGGAGUGAAACCAGGGAAGCACCACUUCCUACUCCCCGUGCUCGGUUUUGGAACCGGAACCGAAUAUGUGGCUCCCAGCGGUUAUGGAUUUACGGCUCCCGAUACUCUGUUUGCUGAUAGUAGCAGAAUCAUCGCUCGGGUUACGUAACGUUCGUGUCACGGUACCGACGGCCAUCCGGAAGGGCGAGCAGGCCAACCUGUACUGCAACUACGAGCUGGAGGACAAGGAGCGGCUCUACUCAAUCAAGUGGUACAAGGGCAAACGGGAGUUCUAUCGGUACACGCCGCAGGAGCAACCGUCGAUGAAGGUGUUCAACACGGUCAGCGGCGUCGAAGUGGAGCGCUCGCUGUCAAACGAAAGUGUCGUGGUCAUCAAAUCAGCAAAUGUGUCCGGUAGGUUCAGCUGCGAGGUGUCGGCGGACGCACCUUCCUUUCACACCAUCAUCGUUUCCGGUGACAUGGAAGUGAUAGAACCGCCCGUGGACAAACCGUCGAUUGUGGGGAUGCAAACGCGGUACCGACCUGGAGACAUCCUGCGUGCCAACUGUUCAUCGCUCAACUCCAAACCGGCGGCCAAUCUGACGUGGACGAUUAACGAUAUGCAGGUAUUACUGCAACAAACCAGACAAUACAGACCGAUCAAGGAUGAAAGUACGGGAUUGGAAACAUCAAUUCUGGGGAUAAACGUGAUGGUUUCUCACAGUCACUUCAUAAAAGGAAAACUGAAGCUCAAAUGUGAGGCUUCGAUUCACCAGAUCUACCACGAGAGCACCGAGCGGUUUCUGGAGGAAGAUCGGCCGCGGAUUAUGGCCACCGGAUCGUCCAGCGGGCAUAAUCCCAACAUGUUCCAGAGCAGCGUGUACGACGGGGAGCUGACCGAUCAAGGCGAUCGAUAUCUGACGAUGAACGGGUACAAAGCAGACAAAGCUUCGCCGCCGUCAUCGUCGUCGGCCGGAAUGGUCGUGGGUUCCUACGUGAAGGUGUGCUGGAUCACUUUUUACAUCUGUACCAUUUGUACCGUGCUGUUGUAUUCGCUCCGGGUGGGAAUCUCCUGAUUGUACAACCUGAAAGAGAUCAUCAAAAUAUAAAUCGAAACCGACAAAUCGCCAACAAAUCCAAAAGAUUCAAAACCUCCAAACCCUUCCCCGCCGGGCGAUGAUGCAAUGCGGAGAAAUCAACAAGAAAACAACGCCAUCACAUCUAACACAAGCUUCCAGAGAACGAGAACGAGCGGACGAUUGCUUCAACCUUCCAACUAUACAGCCCCUAGAAACUAGAUUGUUAUUUUUUGCCUUCCACUUGAAGCUUCCCCUGGGCAAAACGACUCGAAGUAAGCGAUAAAAGGAACAUCGGACCGCCAUAAUUGGACUGUCCAGUUGACCAGAACCAUAUCCGGGAGCGACCGGGCCAAUUCCCGUUUUUCAGCAGUAAAACUCGGUGUGCAGUGUGAAGCAAGAAAACCAGCGAAUUACUGCACUCCUACCUACUAAUGGACCUCAACUUCAUGCAAUGGGGAAGCAUCGUUUAGCUUCACAGACGAUUCUUGGAAGUUGGGUGCUGCUAGCUGAGGUUUUGUUUUCCAAAAAUUGACUGUAAUUAACCGGAGUAUGUACUUUGAAGAGAACGAGAAAAUUGGCGGCGUCAUGAUAUGCGGGAAAAGAACACUUACCAGAGAGGCGUUCGCACGGGAGUCGAUAGGUGGUUUCCAACUGGGGAAGAAGUGAGCCGUUAGCAGUAGGAUUAAAUUGAGGUUCUAGGAUGUAAUGAAUAGGGAAAAUCAAAUGGAUUCAGCAUGAACAGGGAUGAUGAUGUACAAAAUUGAGAAGAAUGAUUCAAUUAACUAGAUUUGUCUUUAGAGCUUAUUGAUAGAUUUUGGUAAUAAGAUACAUGUUUGAAAUGUUUUUUUUUUUAUUGUCCAUUGGAAUUUUGUUUUGGUACAGUACGAAUAAUUCCAGUAAUAUUUUUUUAACAGCGCUUGAUUAGUUUCUCACCAAUAAAAAAACAAACAGUGUGCUGUCUAGGUGAUGGACAUUAUCAGAGCAGACACACAAAGCAGAAUCAUAGUUAGUUGUUCUAAAGUGAGUUACUGACGAUCAUAAUCAGAUAUUAGAAGAUAGGAAAUAGAAGAUCAAAGAUAAUAUCUGAAAUUAUUAUGGAAAAGUAUUGAACAAUAUCUAUUAAGAUAUUAUAAGAUCAAAAGGCUGUUGUUCAAAAGAUGAUUGUGAUCAAAAGAUGUGGGCUUCUUGGCCGUGCGGUUAGUGUUACCAAGCAUUCAGCCGCAUCGUGUUAGGUAGUUUUCCCGCUUCAGUCCGGAAAACUUUUUGUCAGGAACGUAUUUCGGCUGUGCCACUGGUCGUUGCAUGCUAGUCCGUUGACACUUGCUUCCUUCAAAGAGCAAAUCGUCCACUGGAAGCAUAAACGUGUCGGUGUCUUAUUUAAAACAAUAUCUGGCAAAUUUAUUGAUUGACUAACAAAUCCAUUUCAAAAUAUGAUCUGACAGGUGACAAAAAAAAUGAGACAACACUGAGUUUACAAUCAGAGAACCCAAGACCUCCAGUUUCAUACACAAAGAUACUUAACAUUCAGCUAUGCCUCACAUCGGAAAAAUGAAGGAAAGCAUCAUGUUUUUCUCUAUACGAAA